AUGGACUUGCUAACUAAAGGGUUUGAUGAGAACUUUGUCAAAGAGAAAGGUAACGCUGGCAUAUUUUUGAAUGAUGAUAGGGAUCUGAAUGUAGGCCCACCAGAUGAUGCAUCAUCCACCAACAAUAUGUUGUCUGCAUUAAUUAGGGGUGCGACCAGUGGCAAUACCAAUGAAGAGCCUUGUGAGAGUGCAAAGAAAUUCUUUGAUUUGUUGAAAGAUGCUAACAAGAGUUGUGUCGAGCUCACUGACUUACCAAGAGAACUUAUGAAAGAGAACCUUGAAGUACAUGCACGUGCUCAAGCUGCAGCUAGGGAGAAGAGCAUUGCUUUAGAAGCGGAGGUUGACAAGCUCAAAGAACAGAUUGCGCAAGAAGCUGCAGAAAGGGAAAGGGAGAAAGAAGAAAAUAGGAGGAGGAUGCAAGAGGAGCUAGAAAAUGCUAAGAUAAACUUAAGAGAAGAAAUGAAGCAAGAAUUUCUUAAUAUGCUAGCGCAGCACAAAGAAGGAGCUAUGAUUAUGAGUACCCUGCAAAACAAUGCUAGUACACAAGUUGCACCAAUCAUAGAAGAGGAAGAUGAGACCGGUGGACAUGAAAAUGAAAAUGAAGAUGGGUUACAGGAGACUCAGCCUGGAAGCGUUGUCACUGUACAAAAAGGUGCACCAGCACCUACUCGCUCCACUAGAAGUACUGCACCUCCCAGCAUAGCUCUUUUCAACGAAAACACUGCAAAUGUGACUGCAUCGAAGACAUAUAUCACUUCACAGCAGCUGAUGAAUAGGACAAGAAAUAAUCACAAAAGGAGGAAGUGGAAUUUUGCUAAAAUUCCCAGCCAUCUACGCUUCCAAGGAGUAAGGAUUGCUGACAUCUUGAACAACAUUUAA